CAUUUUAAUGUAAAUUGGAAGAAGGCCAGAAGUGUAUUAAUUACAGCUUCAGUAAUGGGGGAAGUUGUCAAGCGUAAAAAACUUGAGCCUGAUAACUUGGUGAAAAAAUUGUGUGGGUACAUUACGAUACCAGAUGCAGUGAAAAGUCUUCAAUAUGGGCGCAAAAAUGAAGCUGUUGCAAUUGGGGAUUAUACAAGGUCACACUUGAAAACUUGUGAUGAUGUCCGUAUCGAAUCAUGUGGACUGUUAGUAAAUCCCACCUAUCCCUAUCUUGGUGCAAGUAUUGAUGGUCUAGUGGUAUGUUCUAAGUGUGGAACUGGCAUUGUUGAAGUGAAGUGUCCUUAUGGCUCUGAUGUUAAUGACAAACCUUGGAGAAAUAUGCUUCCCAUUGAAUGUGGCAAGGACAAAAAAUUCUUUUGUACAGAGAGAGACUCUAAGCUUUAUCUUGAUGAAAAUCACAAUUAUAUGUAUCAAGUACAAGGUCAGCUAGCACUGUAUGAACUAGAUUGGGCAGAUGUUGUUGUUUGGACAAAGAAAGGGAUAAAUGUUCAAAGAAUAAACUUUUCACAAACUCUUUGGGAUGAAAUGUUACCCAAGUUAAAGAACUUCUAUGUAAGUGGAAUUGUUCCAGAACUUUUUACAAGAAGAGUAAGGAGAGGAAAGUCUCUUUAUUAGAAUAUUAAACCCAAGUCAGAUUUUUACUUUAAAUGUUUGAUUGAUCCUUCA